AUGGAUGGACUAGAGCUUGAGCAGCUAUUACUCGACGCGCCUCAACUUGGUUCAUCUGCAAUCCUAAGUAAAAGAACUCGUGAUCCAAUAAUGUUAUUGUUUCAGUUGAGAAUCAUCGCAAGAGUGGAUGAUGAUAAUCUUGUGGAACUUUAUGAUGCAGCAGUAGAAGGGAGUAUACCAUCGUUGCAUGAGUUAUUCGGAGAAGAUCCAGAGGUUCUUGAUAAAGUUAUCGAGAUUAGUUGUUCCGACGAAACUACCUUGCAUGUGGCAGUACUGCGCGGGCAUGUAGAUUUUGUAAAAGAAAUUCUAGAACGAAAACCUGAGCUUGCUGGAGAGUUCGAUUCACAAUUAUCAUCACCUCUUCACUUGGCAUCGGCUAAUGGACACUUAGAAAUAGUGAAAGCAUUAUUGUUGGCCAAACCUGAGAUGCGCGGUUUUCUUGUUCAAGAUGGCAGAAACCGUCUUCAUCUUGCUGCCAUUAAUGGUCGAUUCAAUGUCUUAAACGAGCUGGUUCAAACAAGUCCCAAUGCAGCUCGAGCACCAUUGGACCAUGGAAAGACCAAUAUAAUGCAUCUAUGUGUGCAGCACAAUCAAUUAGAGACAUUGAAGCUAUUAGUGCAGAAGAUGAAUGAUGAAGAGUUCGCUAAUUCUAAGGAUGAGUAUGGAAACACAAUAUUACAUCAAGCAGUGGCGGAUAAACAAAUUGAGAUGGUAAAGUAUUUGCUCUCAAGCACCAGAAUAGAGGUACAUGAGGUCAAUGUCAAUAGAUUGACAGCACUGGACAUUUUAGCACAGAGUCGGAGAGAUGUGAAAGAUUUGGACAUUGGAGAAUCACUUCGACAAGCUGGAGUAUUAAGAGCCAAAGUGCUCUUAGGUGUACAUGCUCAAAGUACACCAUUGAUGAACGAUUUGCAACAUAGUGGCGGUACUAAUACUACGAGGGAGUGGCUGGCGGAGAAGCGGAAUUUGAUAAUGUUGGUGGUGUCUCUAAUCGCGACAAUGACUUUACAAACUGCUAUAAACCCUCCAGGAGGUGUGUGGCAAGAUGACUCAACCGAAAAUUUCCAGGGUAGCCCUGUGCCAAAUCCACACAAGGCAGGGGAUGCUGUAAUGGCUUAUAACCAUCCAGGACCAUAUGCAUAUUUCUAUAUUGCUAAUCUAAUGGGUUUCUGUACAUCUCUAACCACAAUCUUUAUGCUCAUUACUGAAUCCGCCUUCAAGAACCAAGCUACAUUUUGGGCUUUGAUUGGGAUCAUGUGCUUGACAAUUGUACCCGUUAUGGUAGCUAUUGCUGUUUCUAUUUCCGCAAUUACUCCAGAUAAGUUAGAAGAGAAAAUCGUUCAUAAAGCUGGUAAAGUUUGUCUAAUCAUGGGAUCCUGCAUUCUGAUGAUCAUUCUUAUCCUAGCUUUCGUAGCUAUUCGCAGACUAAGAAGAGUGUCAAGUUCAGUUGAUGUAAGACAUGGCAAGGGUGACCAAGAAGCUCCUCAAAUUUAG